AUUGUACAGAAAACUAUCCUCGCCACCCUGGCCUCCUCGAGUGACAUCCGAGAAAAGCUGCGCAAGAAGCGACGUGCUUUACAAGACACUUUGGUAAAAAACAAAAAUGAGGACGACAUUCAGGCUCUGGUUCCGUCUACCAGUUUGAAAGAGGAGAAACUUCAAACUACAGUGAAGGAACCUCAAAGCAGCGAGGAAGACCCAGGGGAGACACUGAAACGCACGUUAAGGGCUCAGAGACAGAGGCGGAAGAAAAGGCUGCUUGACCAGUCUUCAGCUCAGGAGUCCCAUGAUGAUGAUGUGGAGGAGAUCUCCACCGUUCAGCCCCACAGUGAAGAUGAGGGAUCGGCUGAAAAGGCAGCUGACCCAGCGGUUUUGUCAAGACCUCCAACUGGAUCUCAGAGAAGUGUCUCCUCAAGACUUCAGCAUACUCCCAGCUCUCAGCAUUUAGACAGCUUUGUGACACGGCGCUUGGAAGAGAAACUGAGAGCAGCCAGAUCUAAAGGUGAGAGCCUUCAGCAGGAGGAGGCCUCUCUCGAGCCAGCCAGUCGCCUUCAGAGCCUCAGAGAUAGAGACACUGUAACAAGGUUUGACCGAGAGGUUGAUCCAGACAGAGCUGGAGGACACGAUGACCCUCUUGCACUCAGCACCAGGGUGAAGUUCAGAGAAGCAGCAAGACAAACAGGAAAAGGCCUACCGACUGCUGAGGAGGCAUACAACUUCUUUACACUCAACUUUGAGCCAGAUCCACCAGAUGGGACUGAGAAGAAGAACAAGAAAAAAGAAAAACAGAAAAAAACAGCUGAGGAGGGCAGAGAUGAAGAAGGAGAGGACGAAGCUGAGGAGCAGGAAGAUGCUGAAGCAGAUGAUCAAGAUGAAAAUGAAGACCAGAGUGAAGAAGUUCCUCUUGUACGAGAUGAAGAGGAUUUAUUUGUCAUUGAGCAGUCACCACAGGACUUCCUGGAAGUGAGGAAAGCAGUGUAUGUUGGGUACCAAAAACGUGUUCUGCAAGAGAGUGAGCGCCUUUUUACACCAAGUUUUCGAACAGUCCCAACCUCAAGUAAACUGCCUGAGAACACGAAGCCCCGUUAUCUGGAGGAUGAGGGUCUGUAUGUAGGGGAGAGGCCUCCUGUAUCCCUGACCAAUGAGAACAUUCUGGAGAACCGCAUUUUGAAAGCAGACGGGGGAAAGAAGUGGUUUGGAGAUGACGGCAGGAUCAUGGCUCUGCCUGACCCCAUAAAGGAAUCAUCCACCAGACCGCCUCUCUUCCACAUGGAGGAAGACCUGGACCCUGCACUGCAAACUGUGUACAGGAAGGCCCUGAAGUCCAAGUAUGCAAAUUUGUAUAUCUCUGGUGCAGCGGACCCUGAGGGGGACUACCAGCUUGAUGUUGAUGUCGCUGGGCUGAUCUUCUCUCAUCACCCACUUUUCAGUCGUGAACAUGUACUGGGGGCCCGUCUGGCUCAGCUGUAUGAUCAGUACCUCACCAGGCAGCGCAAUAAUCUCACAGGACACCUGACUGACAAGUUGAAUGGACUAAGAAGUGCACUGCGAAAUAUGCUUGAGGUCCAUGGUGGGGAGAACCUCACUCAAGCCAUGCAGCAGAGGAUAGCAGAGUACAGUCGGGAGGUUAGGAACACUCGGCAGCUACGAGACACUGAACAGGAGAAAGACAGGACUCUGCUGAAAAGCAUAGUGAAAGUGUGGAAGGAGAUGAAGGCCCUGAGAGACUUUCAGAAGUUCACCAACACACCCUAUAAGCUCUACCUCAGGAGAGAGAAUGUGGACCGGGUAACAGAUGAGCGAGAGUAUGAAGAGGAUAUCUGGGCAGAGAUUGUGGAAUUGGAGGCAGAGACUGAUGAGGAUUACCAGAGAAAGCUGGCCGAGUACAAGAAACAGCUGGAGGAGUGGAAACUCUGGAGAAGAAAGCAGAGAGCCAAAAAGAAGAAGCGAAAAAAGAAGAAGAAAGGCCAGCCACAGGAUGACACCGAAGAAGAAGAUGAAGACCAGGAGGUGAGUGAAUCAGAGGGGCCCAUUGAAGAAGGACCCCCGAAGCCGGAGCCUCCAGAGAAGCCAGACUUUGAUUCUAUAGAGCAGCGAGUCCGAGAGAAAGCCUCCAGGAUACGCAGGAAACCAGGAGAAUCCAUCCUGAUCCCUGAGCUGUCUGCAUCUGGAAACAUCACUGCCAGUGAACUCUGCCCCAGGCCUGAAAUAGCUCGAAGAGAGGACGUUAAGAAGCGUUCUCAUUUCAUCAAGAUCCUAUACAAUGGCAAAGAAGUCUCCCGAACAGACAGCAGACCCUUGACCUCUGAUUUCACAGGGCACUUUGGCCAGAUUUUCAAUCUCAAGAUAGUUAACUGUCCACAGAGCAUCAACUUACAGGUGUUUGAGGAGAUUGGCUCAUCAUGCUCCCUCCUGGCUCAAGUGUUUGUUCCAGUGCCAGAACCCUCAGUUUUGACGGGCAAGGUCCCUCUGGAGGAAUUUGAGUUCAGCAGCAACCAGAGAGUGAUGUUUGACCAUGAGGGUGUUGGAAGUGACGUGCCCCUCUCCUUUGAGGCUGAUGGCGGUAACAAACAGACCCUGCUGACCUCUGGGAAGCUGUCGUGCUGUGUUUCGUGGGGGAUUGGGGAGGAUGACGUACCGCUCGCCCCUCCUGUGUCUCAACAGCCUGGCGGUAAGAACAGUGGCUUGGGCCGUCUUGAUGCGGUCACAUAUAUCGGGGCAUCUGGACUAUAUGACAUGAAAAAAAUUGGAGAGUGGGCCACGCAGUCUCGACUGGACCCCAACGAUCCCAAAAAUGCCUCCAUCAUGCAACUGCUGAAAGUGGCCAGUAGUGGAGAGGUAACAGCUCCAGAGUACUUCCGUCUGGAGCAGCUGCAGGAGGAGUUCAACUUUGUGACUGAUGAAGAGUUGGACAGGUCCAAAAGAUUUCGGCUGCUCAGGCUCAGGAACCAGGAAGUUGCAGAGUUUCGAAAUUACAAGUGUGUUCCUGCCCUGGAGAGGGAGGUCACUGACAAGGUGUUCCAGGAAUAUGAGAAGAGACUGAAAGAGACAGAGAAAGUUGACACUAAACAACAUCUGGAUUCACACAGAGCCUUAGUGGCCAAAUACCUCCAGAAGAUCCGAGAAUCUGUCAUCAACAGAUUUCUUCUUGCCAAGCAUCACUACCUUCUGUCUGACUUGGUGACAGAAGAGGAGAUACCAAGCAUCGGGAUUCUGGGAAUGAACCUUUUCAAGCUGGCUGAACCCAAGCGGCCGCUGAAACCUCAGAGGAAAGAGAGAAAGAAGGUGACGGCUCAGAAUCUGUCUGAUGGAGACAUUAAACUGUUGGUAAACAUCAUCCGGGCCUACGACAUCCCCGUCCGCAGGCCCCAGAGCAGCAAACCAGGACAGUCGUCUCAGAGCGUCAUCCAGGGCAGCGAUUGGCUUGUCAACCAGAUACAAGUGAGGCCUUUUGUGGAGGUUUCCUUCCAGCGCACAGUGCUACAGACAACCACAGCUGAUGGACCAAACCCCUGCUGGAACGAGGAGCUGCAGCUACCGUUUAGCGCCCCAAAUGGUGACUACAGUGCUGCAGUCUUGCAGUCAGUCAGAGACGAAGUCUUCAUCAACAUAUUUGAUGAGGUGGUUUAUGAAACUGGAGUGAGUGACAAAGACAGAGGGAAAUCAAUACACACCUGGGUAGAGAAGCAUUGGCUGGGUUCUGUCAGGAUUCCUUUCAGCACCAUUUAUUCUCAGUCCAAGAUUGAUGGAACAUUCAAGGUGAAUACACCAGCAGUGUUACUGGGGUACAGUAAGGAGCGGAGCCAUGGCACUAACACUGGUUAUGACACUAUGAGGAGCCUGAGCGAGGGAGCAUUUAUCACACUCUUCAUCACCAUUGAACCUCAGCUGGUGCCUGGAGAGUCCAUCAGGGAAAAGUUUGACAGCCAAGAGGAUGAAAAUCUACUGCAGGCUUCAGAGAGGUUUGAGAAGGACGUGGCACAGCGCUACCCGGACCGACCCUGCGUUACCACCGUCAUAGACCUCAACGGGAAGACGGUCUUCAUCACACGUUAUAUUCGACCACUCAACCCCCCACGGGAGUUACUGGAUGCAUUCCCUGAUAACCUCCAGGAAGCCUCGGCCCUGGUUGCCCGAUUCGUCUCACUCAUCCCGUCUCUGCCAGACAGCAUUUCAUUUUCUGGUGCCUGUGAUCUGUGGAGCACCUGUGAUCAAUUCCUCAGCCUCCUGGCAGGAGAUGAAGAAGAACACGCUGUCCUGUUGUGCAACUACUUCCUGUCAAUGGGAAAGAAAGCCUGGCUUGUAAUUGGCACUGCUAUACCAGAGGGGCCCACAGCAUAUGUCUUGACUUUAGAGCAGAACCGCUACCUGAUCUGGAAUCCCAGCAGUGGUCAGUACUACGGACAGUAUGACACCUUCUGCCCGCUGCAAACAGUUGGCUGCCUGGUUAAUGCUGAAAAUGUGUGGUUCAACAUUCAAGAGUAUACGUCACCGAUGACGAUGAGUUUUGACAGCAGUAAAGCCCAUCUGUGGAAGCCGUUUUUCUCCCGAUCCUUCUCCGACCCUGGGCUGUCCAGUGUACAAGUAGAGGAGCUGGCAUAUCGGCGCACAGACAGAGCAGCUGCAGCAGAGCUUCAGGACAGAAUUGAGAAGAUCCUGAAGGAGAAGAUCAUGGAGUGGCGACCUCGUCACCCAACCCGCUGGAAUCGCUACUGCACCAACACCCUGAAACAGUUCCUGCCCAAACUGGAGCUGAGCAGGGGGCGGGACAUGGCUGAGGGGCACCGCCACGAGCUGCAGAGCCUGCUGGGAGACAACAGGAUUUCAGGAUUCCCCCUGAAUCUGCCUUUCUCUGAGAUCCGGCCCAUCAUAGAGGCGGUGUACAGCACUGGAGUUCACAACGUUCACGCAUCCAAUGUGGAGUUUGCCUUGGCAGUGUAUGUGCACCCCUACCCUAAUAAUGUCCUGUCUGUGUGGGUGUACCUGGCCUCGCUGGUGCGUACAUGAUACAAGAGACACUCAUCUCACUGUGGAUCACUGUGCCUCACUGCUUUUGUAUAGAAAUGUGCUAAAGCUUUAUUUAAGCUGACAACUUUAUGUAAUCACAUUACUCACACACUGUUUUUACACUAUUGUAAAUGUAAUGUAUAUAAUGGAUAUCAAGUAAAGAAGUUAUCAGUUUUAUAUCUGUACAUCAAAUCCAAUACAAUUUAAUAACUUUGUAUUAAAUCACAAUUUUUUGGACUUUAUAGUACUCACUUGGUCCUUGACAUUUAUUAAUUUAUGUUGUAUAUAUGAAAGAGCCAGACAGUAACAGGGUUCCUACAGGUUAAGGCACGUUGGAUUUAAGACUUUUUUGAUGCCACUGGGAAUAAAACUUCAGACCAAUUUAACGAAAACUGAAAUUUAAAAAAUAAAAAAAUAAA